UCCAGUCUUCUCUGCUUCAACUCCCCUUUACUUUAUUGGAAAUUCGAGUAAAUCCUCCAUCCUCUCUCUCUCCCGCCCGUCGCAUGCACGUGCCGUCAUUCUCGGAUUUCGUUUAUGCUCUCUGGAUUCUGGGAUCGGUCUGGAAGCGGGCGAGUGGGCUCGUAGUAGAGUUUGUGAGGCUUUAGAGCGGCCAGUUUUGGUUGUAUUCGUGGGUUUUUUAAGUGGGGUUCUGGAGAUCUGUGUCCGGGGCGGUGGCUGCGAUUCCGGACGCCGGGGUUGUCGUAUUUUGAUGGCAACGCGAGAGAGAUGGGGAGAAUUUUCGUGGAACCACGGCCUGCUUCUUGUUUUUAAUGCUCUCGAGCAUUGAGAUCGGGUUCCUGGUGGGCACUGGGUUGGGCGAUCCGGGGGAAAGUCCAGUCUUUUAUGGCGUUUCUUGAGGUAUCAUAUUUUUGGACGUUGGAAGAAAGUUUCAAUUUUAAACACCUCUUUUCCAUCUUUCUGACGGAUUAGUAUAUACCAGUGUCAGAUUCAUUAUUUUGACAGAAAAAAAUUAAUUUUGACAACUCUAAAUCGACCUUCUCUUUCCAAUCCACGGUCCUUAGUGUGAGAUUUGUGAUAUCUUUUAGGUUCUCUCUGAGAUUUGAGCAGCCUAGUCUUCUGUUUUAAAUCCAGAUGUCAAGGCUCUGGUUAAAUCUGCCGUACCACAAGUUUUGGGUUGCUAGUUUUUUGUCAGAAUACUUAAAAAAUUUAGGAUGCCAGUAGAAUCUUUUCUUGUUUCUUCUUUGUACUCUGGUUAUAUCCAAUUUAUGCAACUUUGAAGUAUUUUAUUAGGGGAAAAAUUUGUUUUUUUUGUGCAUUUUGUGAGACAUCAAGCAGAGGCAUUCAAUAUGAUUUAGACUUCUCUAUUUAGACGACUGAUCUAUUACUGAUUUGGGUUCAUCUAUUUUAGGUUUUGAGCAUAAAUAUUCAGUUAGCUUUAGAUAUCUGUGAUUUUGAGGCCUCACGCAUCACAAAUUUGGGCCUUCUCUAUUUUAGUAAAUAUAUAUAUAUCAAGAGUACAGCAAGGGCACUGGGAUCAGGUCUCUUUAUUUUUGGCUAUUGGUCGGUGGUGUUCUUUUAAUGCUUGCUUGGAAAGGUAGUGCUUUUGGUUCUGCAAUGGGAUCCAAUGCUUCUUUCUAGCUCUGUGAUUGAUGGCAGGCCUUUGGUACCACUUUUUCUCGCAAAUACUCGAGUGAGUGGGUGUUGAGAGACUUGGUGGAGUUUGAAAGAUUUUAAAAGUUGGAUUAGUAGAUGGGGCUCUGGGUCAUUUCUCACGAGAUAUAGGCUCCUAGUCACAAGACAAGUGUUGGGGACUGUUCAUAUUCCCAAGUGUAUGACAAUGACUGUUGUAGGCUAGUUUAUUGAGCAGUAGAGCCUUCUUCUUUUGUGUGUUGGGGGAGUAGUUCUAUGGAUUUUGGGGAUUCUGUUGAAGAGAGGGAGCACAAGAUCAGAAAUAUUCCGCAUUGCGUUCCCAACAUGGGUCCUUCGAUGACUGUUUGGGAUCAGAGAUCAGAGCUUGAAUUUACAAAGGACUGGAAUGGAAUCGAUCAUGUCACGCUUAAAGCGCCGCGAGGAGCUUCUGCUCGAGUUAGUUUGCAUGGAGGGCAGGUUGUUUCAUGGAGAAACGAACGGGGUGAAGAGCUGUUGUUCACCAGCAGUAAGGCGAUCUUUAAGCCACCAAAAGCAAUGCGGGGAGGAAUUCCUAUAUGCUUUCCGCAGUUUGGUAACUGUGGUUCACUGGAACAAAAUGGAUUCGCAAGGAACAAGAUGUGGAGCAUUGAUAAUGAUCCUCCACCUUUACACCCCAAUGAUAGCCAUGGCAAAGUUGCUGUUGAUCUGCUGCUGAAACCAUUAGAAGAUGAUCUGAAGUGUUGGCCACACGGUUUUGAGUUUCGCCUUAGAGUAUCUCUUGCAAUGGAUGGGGACCUCAAAAUGAUAUCACGAAUUAGAAAUAUUGAUGCGAAGCCAUUUAGCUUCUCAUUUGCUUAUCACACAUACUUAUCUGUUUCCGACAUCAGUGAGGUGAGGAUAGAAGGUUUGGAGACACUUGAUUAUCUGGACAAUCUUUGCCAACGAGAGCGCUUCACAGAACAAGGAGAUGCCAUAACAUUUGAGUCUGAGGUUGAUCGUGUUUAUCUUGGUUCUCCAAAUGUAAUUGCAGUAUUUGACCAUGAAAAGAAACAGACUUUUGUUAUAAGAAAGGAAGGGCUGCCAGAUGUUGUUGUCUGGAAUCCAUGGGAGAAGAGAUCCAAAACCAUGGUUGAUUUUGGAGACGAAGAGUACAAACAGAUGCUUUGCGUGGAUGGUGCUGUGAUCGAAAAACCAGUUACCUUGAAACCAGGUGAGGAAUGGACAGGGCGGCUGGAGCUCUCUGCUGUUCCUUCCACCUAUUGCACCGAUCAUCUCGAUCACAUUGGGAGCAUGUGAAGACACAGAGUAUGACAUGUUUGCUCAUUACUAUAUACCAUGUUCAGCAUUUGUAUGUGAUGCAUGUAGGAAAUUUUCAGGACACAGCAGUACAUGGAAACAUCUCAUGGUGGGACAAUGUCAUCCAUUGUUUGUUUAUGCUCAAUGGAAUUACAUGAUCCUUCUUAUAGGGUCGUAUCUUAUAACUAAGCACAGCUAAAUUGUAUAAUAGUUUCGUAGAGUAUGAUGGUAGGAGCCCGGUGAGUAUGUUGCUGCGAAACUUGAUUAUAUCUUGUUCGUUCUAAACCUGGGAGUCUUCCCCUGAAUCUGCUUGACUUCUACGUCCUGAUUCUGUCUUGGUCAAUUGUCGCAGUCACAGUUACAAUAUUGUGACAGUUCUCAUUGCCUCAACCUGAUACUAAGUCAACGUAUAUCAUCAGAACGCUGUUAUUGUGGUUUUUGUUGCUCUGCUUUAUUAUGGAUGCAAGUAGUAUUUGUACAAAAUUACUGCUAUUAUAUGUAAAUUUCAAUUGUUUUGAGG